AUGUAUAAAGAUGUUUGGAUAUGUCUAGUGUGCAUGCCGUUUUCCAAUUUUGUUGCAGAUAGUUCAAUGGAGGCUUCGUUGAGCAGGUUGGAGAAGAUAGCGGCCAAUCGCGGUGCUACUGGGGCUAGUCCUUCAAUGCCUGCCAAGCCUUCCAUGUCUGCAACUACCAUGAUCGCGGAAUCAAGAAAGAAUGCAUCCGCGCGGUUGAAGUCACCAAUGAAGCCUUUAAGUCCUCCUACUGCCCCUGUGGAUGUCAACCCUCCUGAAAAGGUGACGGAAGAUACCGCGAAGGGGAAGAAAAGAAGUUUUGAGGAGAUGGCCGGGAAGUCCAAUGUCGGUUGGCCAGACUUUGUUUAUUUUGGUGAAGGCUGGGAGUUUGACAAAGAUAUGUAUGCCAAAGGGAAAGAAGUUGGACCGCGCAUUGAAGCACUGCCAAGAGAAAAAUGGCUGAAAACUUCUAUCAAUCUUAGCAUAGUGAACCAGUUCAUCAUGUCCGUACCUGGUUCUGUGGACUUUUUGAAGGAACGUAUUGAUGAGCUGAAGGGUGAUAUCGCUCAACAACGCACCGACUUCGAAGAGAAGCUAAAGAAAGCUGAAGAAGAAAUGACCAAGAUGAAGGCUAACUUGGAGAAGAAGGGCAAUGCUCUGAAAGAAAUGACAACCUCCCAGAAGAGGUUGGAAGCGGAUAAAGUUGAUCUGAACAAGCGUGUCAUGGAGCUGGAAGGAAAUGCUGAUACAUGGGCCGAGGAGAAGGUUGUCUUAACCAGUGAGGUUAAGAAGUAUCAAGGUUUAUUUUAGAGGGAGGCUGAGGGAACCUAUUCCAAUAUCAUAGAGCAAGUCCACUUCUUCAACCCUUCGGCGAAAAUGGAGAACGUCCAUUAUUAUUACUAUUUCAAGGAUGACCAGCUGAUGACGCUGAAUGACCAAGAUCAAGAAGUUUCAGUGGAGCUAAUUAGCGCGAUGGAUACUGAGACUAUCU